AUGGUUUUGACAAGCGAGCUCAACAUCAAAGUCAAAAGAACAAGAAGGAGAUAUCGAACACAUACAUGUCUUCAGACUCACUUUUGGCUAAGACACUGUGAAGCCAUACAUGCAUAUAGAUAUGUGUGGAAAAACAUCGAAUCAAAUUUAAAGACCCAGUUUGCACGGCCUUGGCGAUCGCAGGACCCGCCGCCAUCCAGACCUCAGCUGCCACCAUUCAAUGCGAAACACGUCAUAGCUGCCAAAGAAGCUGCGGAAAAGAACCAACCUGUUGUUCAAGAAUUCUCUCAUUUGCUGGUGGGCAACUUUGCAUCUGGGAGAUCCAGUGGAUCUGAAGUACAAAGGACUGCAGCCUCUGCCUUGAACUGGUGCGAAAAACAUGGAGGGAAUGUUGAACCCUCUGAUGUGGUACAUCGGAUUGCUGGACUUGGGAGCUCCGGCAAGUACAGUGCCAAUUGCGAACGGGACAUGCAUACGAUGCUGAACACAUUUGGUCUCCGGCUGCAUGCCAAUAUUUCAGCGAUUCGAGUGAGGAUGUACAACCACACUGCUGUUCGAGAAGAAUUGCAAACACUGUCCAUCCUCUACCCUGAUGAUCUUGCGGAAGCGAUUUUUGCACAGGGCGAAAAUAUAUUUCGAUCGUGCAUGUUUGGCAAUGUGGACGCUGCUGAGUUUUGGGCUCAUUGUGCCACGCACUGUGAGUGGUUCAAGAACCACGCCAUGUAUUCGUAUGAAUGCAAAGAAAAGCUGAUACCACUGUCGCUAUACGGUGACGAUGUCAAUACUUACAGAAAUGCAGAGGUCGGUGCAGUUUCAAUCAUUGCCUGGACAAGUGACUUUGGCUAUCUCAACAAGUCCUGCCUUCGUUAUUGGCCCAUUUGUGUGUACUCCGAGCAUUGCAGCACGGAGCACACACAUGAAGAUAUAAUGCGCUAUUUGACAGACCGCUUGAAGUCGAUGUGUUCAAGGGAGCAUUUGUUUGGAUGGAGCAGCAAGGGGUAUUGCUUCAUGUUCUCGUCCUUGCAAGGGGACUUGAAAUGGAUCCACGAGAAGUACGGGCUCCACAAUUUUAGAGCGAAUGCAUGUUGCAACCGUGUAUUACACGAUUGCAUGCACAGUCAGCUUUUAGGAACUGGCAAGGUUUGCAACGGCAGUGUGCUGAUAUAUCUAGCUGAAUCUGGCUUGUGGGGCCGUUUGCAAGGUGGCCGUGGUGCAGGCAAAUACGAUGAUUGUUUGGAAAUCUGUCUGAGAGCUGCACAUCAAGACUUCUUAUCAUGGAAAAAGCAACGGAAGAUCAACACAUCUCAAGCAAGAUUUACACCAGCUCGUUGUUCGCGAAAAAGCCGGCAGCAAUAUCCAGCCCUCAACAACAAAGCUGCAGCUUCAAAGGCUUGCACCAUGUGGCUGGCAGAGAGGGCAAGUGAGUUUGCUGCGCGGGCUGGUGCUACGGAGCAAGAUCAACUUAUGUGCACCACCAUUCAUAGCUACGCAUCAGCAUUGAUCCUCAUGGACGAGGCGGAUCUUUUGAUGAGCGACGGGGAGGCCACAAAGUUCUAUGACCUUGUGAUGCGACACCUGCAGACCCAUGCACUGCUGAACAAAAGAUCUCGCCUCCUGGUUGGAAAGGCGGUUGGCAGAAACAUGUGGCUCAUCAUGCCUAAACACCAUCACCUUUUCCAUGCAGCCCAUCGUGUGCGCACCGAGAGAGUCAAUCCUCGAGCUUGGGCGCUUUUUGCUGGAGAAGACUUCGUGGGUCGA